GACUUUUGUAGUUUUGUACGUCAAAAUACUUUAAUGGUUUUGUUUUGAUAUUUUUAAUAGGAAAAAAUAUGAAACAUCACAUUUGCAAACUACUUUAAAAAAAUAUUGCAUUAUCACUUUUGUCUAAGUACUUAAAACUUAAAAACUAUCAGGUUAGAGACCUAUUUUAUCCAAAAUGGUGAAGGUUUGGAAGUUGGGUCUCAUAAGUUACGAUACAGCGUUCAAAAUUCAGUCUUCCAUAGCCCGAAAGCACCUGGACGCUAUGAUGAAAGGAGUAAACGGUGACUAUGAUACCCUUCUGUUGGUCGAACACAAGCCCGUUUACACCGUAGGUAUAAGGGAUGAGACUCUCAAAGAAGACAUCAUAAGGCUGCGUAAUUUGGGAGCAGAAUUUAGAAAAACAAACAGAGGUGGUCUGAUUACAUUUCAUGGGCCGGGCCAACUAGUUGCAUACCCAAUUAUAAAUUUGAAACACUUUAAAACAAGUGUUAGAUGGUAUGUUGACCGAUUGGAAGAAACUGUGAUCAACAUGUGUGAUGAACUAGGUAUAAAAGCUGGUAGAUCACCGCAUACUGGAGUUUGGGUUGAAGACAACAAAAUUGCAGCCAUUGGUAUACAUGCCUCUAGGUACGUCACCACACAUGGCAUCUCUUUGAAUUGCAACAAUGAUCUAUCAUGGUUCGAGCAUAUUGACCCUUGUGGGAUUGAAGAUAAGGGUGUUACUUCCUUGACCAAUGAAACUGGUGUUGUGUGCACUACAGACAAUAUGACGCCAAUAUUUUUAAAGAACUUUGAAAAAGUAUUUAGUUGUAAGACAGAGGAGUUAGAAAGUGACCUCCAAAAAGAAAUACUGGAUAGUCUUUGUAGUAAAAUGAUGACUGAUGCAAUUUAGAUACCUACUUGUAGUGUCUCAACUAGUAAAAUUUGUAAGUACUUAUUUAUUAUAAUGAAAUCUCUUGUUACUUAUUUUUAAGAAGUUAAAAAUUGUUUGUUAUAGUUUACAAAUGUGAUGAAAUAAAAAAACUGCAUGAUUUGUA